AUGGUCCAGCGAAUCUCACGAGGCGCCGGCCUCCAGUCUUUCGUUGAGGCCAUUGAACGAGAUGGAUGUGUUGUGGUGCAAGACUUUACCGACCUCGCAUCGAUCGAAGCAGCGAACAGAGAAGUCCAGCCGUAUCUCGACGCCUCACUCACUGAAGCGGGCAGUACGGUUGGUGCCUUGAACGGAGGGACUGCUACAUGCACUAGACUGGUCGGCCGAAGCCAGACAGUCCGAGACAAGUUCUUCUCGGAUCCCCUUUACCAGAGCCUUGCCGAUCACUUCAUUGGCCUCGAAACCAAGAUUUGGUAUGGCGAUGAGACCAAGGUUCAACGGUCUGAUCCUCUUCUCUCUAUCUCUAUUACCAUGUCCUCGCAACCUGGCUGUAAAGCACAAAAGCUUCACCGCGACGACAAAAACCACCAUGCCAAGCAUGUCAAGGCGACCAAGUAUUCCAAAGGCCGUGACAUGCUUCUGGGGCUGUUUGUUCCCGGAUGUGACACAUUCGAAGCAAAUGGCGCAACUCGCAUCAUUCCCGGAUCCCACCUCUGGGGCGAUGAGCAGCCAGAUUUCGGGCCGGACGGAAUGAAAGGAGUCGAGAAUGCCGAGCUGAAAGUCGGAGAGGCUUUUGUCAUGCUAGGGAGUCUCUAUCACGGCGCUGGGCAAUAUUCCCUGCCGAGUGGAUGUCGCACAGUGCACAUCAUGUUUAUGUGCAGUGGCGUUCAUCGUCAGGAGGAAAUUCCGUUCCUCAGCUAUCCAAUUGAAGAUGUCAAGACGUACUCGAAGCUUGUGCAGGAUCGUUUGGGUUGGAAGCAGUCUGAACCUAAUCUUGGCUGGGUCGAUUUGAAGUCACCAGAAUUCUUACUUCAACAGGGACCUCGGGAAACAUGA